AUGCUGGCCAACGAAGACAAAAAAGACCCAAUUGAGGACUCUGUUGAACAUGCUGUAGACAUUUAUCCCAGCUCUUCAGAUAGUAGCGACUUCGAUGGUCCAGUAACAUUUACGGGCAAAGAAACAACGGAACUGCCUAGAUCAUUGAGAGGAUCGUUUUCUAGUUUAAGAAGAGCUGUGAAUGGAAAUUCUACUGAAGAUGCUGACGAAAUUAAAAGGUAUACAGAAGAGGAAAUCAGAGGUAGCCUUGAUGAGGCCGAAUUUGACCUUCAGAGGAACGCUACUAGACAAACUAUUAUCAGCCAUAUUGUGGACACAAAAGAUAUCGAUGAUUCAGAUUACAAGAUUGAGGAAGACAGAUUGCCCAUCGAGAAUGAUGGUGAGAAAUUUACUAAUAUUGACCCAGAGCUCAUUACGUGGGGAUACAAUAACCCCGAGGAUCCAAGAAACUGGAGAACAUCUAAGAAAGUGUUUGUGGUGAUUUUUGUGUCUCUCUACACUCUUAUUUCGCCCAUGUCGUCAUCGAUCUUGUCUCCAGCAAUGUCAGAUUUGGCAAAAGAUUUCAAUAUCACCUCUACUACUGUUCAAGCAUUGGUUAUUUCUAUCCACAUUUUAGCAUGGGCCGUUGGUCCCUUGGUGAUUGCACCGCUCUCUGAAGAUGACAGACUCGGAAGAAAAACUGUUUUGAGUGUUUCGUGCUGGCUCUCCCUUGCGUUCAACCUUGGAUGUGCUCUCUCUCGCAACACUACCGAGAUUAUUGUGUUUCGGUUUAUCUCUGGCCUUUUCAGUGCUACCCCACUCAAUGUUUCGCCAGCCGUGGUAAGUGACCUUUUCGAUGCCAAAACUAGAAACCUCAGUUUGGCUGGAGUGUUCUUAGUGCCAUUUGUUGGACCCGCCAUUGCACCCAUUAUUGGAGGAUUCAUGGUAGAGGCCAAAGGCUGGCGUUGGGUGUUAUAUACGCUCUGCAUCAUCAAUGCCGUGGUAGCGGUACUUGGAACCUUCUUCUAUGUGGAGACAUACACCCCUGCUCUCCUCAAGAAGAAGGCUCAAGCAUUAAGAAAGAAAACUGGCAAUAUGAACUUGCAUACCAUCUAUGAGAUCUCCAACGGAGAAACGACUUUGGCGAAGUUGCAAGGAACGGUUUCUCGCCCACUCAUGUUGCUUUUCACCCAUCCUAUGAUCAUUGGCUUGGGAUCCUUUAUGGCAUUCAUUUAUGGAUUCUUGUACCUUAUGAUCAUUACAUUUCCAUCAGUGUUUGGCAAAACAUACGGGUUCAGUCAGAGCCAAACUGGCCUCAUGUAUUCAUCACUUGGUAUCGGCUUCAUCUUGGGAAUGCUUUUUUGGACAUAUGUUCUUGGUGUCGUAUACAACCAUCUCACUGAAAAAAACAACGGUGUUGCUGAGCCCGAAUUCCGCCUUCCGUGCCUCUUCAUUGCAGCCGCCAUCAUUCCUAUUGGCUUACUCUGGUAUGGCUGGUCUGCACAGCUUAAGCUCCAUUGGAUUAUGCCAUGUAUUGGCAGUGCAAUCUUUGCAUUUGGCCUAGUGUGUGUGUUCCAGACUUUACAGGCAUACUUGAUCGAUAUGAACCCAAGAUUUGCCGCCUCUUCCAUCGCGGCAGCAGCUAUCUUCAGAUGUCUCUUUGGGUUCGCUUUUCCCCUCUUUGCACCAAUUAUGUAUGCCCGUCUUGAUUACGGGUGGGCCAACACCAUGUGUGCAAUCAUUGCGGUGUUUUUGGCAGUACCGUUCCCAAUCUUAUGCUACAAAUAUGGUAAGCGUAUCCGGGAGUGGGCCAACGUCAGAAUGGAGAAGAGUCAAGAGAAGAGAGAUGAAAGAUUGAAAGCAAAACUAGCACAAAAAAUUUAA